AUGGCAGCCUCCCCCAACCCUUACAGGGGAAGACCCUCUGCAUUUCGUUCUGCCCCGCUUCCUCAGGAGGAGGACAGCCCCGGUCAGCAACGUGGCACGGCACCAGACGAACCCACUCCCCAGCCGCCUCCUGCUCCUCCCGACUCGGACGCAGGCCCUUCUCAACCCGCCGGCCCUUCUCAACCUGCCCGCCAUUGUUAUAGGACCACUAUCCCCUCUGAAGCAGCUCAGGCUCGACGACAUGAUGUCUCUACUAGCGUCUUGGCGAUGAAAGGCUGCCUUGGAAGCUUGUGGGCAGAGAGCAUGAAUCAAAUGGGUAGCUUGUCGCCCUUAGCUCAAAUGGAUAGGUUCUCGAAGUCUUGGGCUAAAACUCACGCAGAGUCCCUGGUGUUGAACCAAUCCUUCCACACCCUCCAUCAUGAAAGCAAAGACCUCCGGGACAAAGUCUCUGAACUAGAGCUACAACUGAAUGAUCCUGAUCAAGCCAGCCACGCCUUGCGAGCUGAGAUUCGAGCUCUAACCAGCCAGACUGAGCGGCAAAAAAGGUCUCUAACGCAGGUCAGAGAUGAGCUCCGAGCUGUGUGUGAAGAAAGAACUGCACAAGAGGCGGGACAUCAACAACAGCUUGCCCACCAGGUUGGGGAGAUUCAGUCCAGAGAUACCCUGCUUCGAGAGAAGGACAAUAAGCUAGAGGCUCAGGCGGUUACGUUGGCAGCCCAGGAAGCAGAGCUGCAGGCCCUAAGGGAGGAACUGUCCCAGUCUCGGGCGACUCUGGCGGGAGUGUCUGCCGCCUUGUCAGCCUAUCAAGAGGGAGAAGAAGCUCGUUGCCUGGGAAGUCGAAUGUCGUAUCUGACUUCUCCUGAAUUUCUAUCCCAGGCUGGGGCACGCUUUGCCAUGACCGUGCCAUACACGGCGGCGGGAGUUAUCAGGCAACUGAACGCGCAGGGCUUCUUGAGCUCCAUCCCCGCGGCAGAUUUCUUGAAUCACAACCUAAUCAUUCAAGGCCUUCCGGAUGAGGUUUUUGCUCCUUUCAAAUGA